AUGGCCAGUACCAGCAAAGGGGAUCAUCAUGAUUACUCCGACUCUUCGGAUUCAGAAAGGGAGGCAAAAAGGUUAAAGUUCAAAAACAGACGAGAAAAUAGACCACAAAAAUAUAGAUGUGAAUGGGAAAGCAAUCCUCAUUUCAAAGGAUGGUUGAAAGCUGUUAAAGAAAAACCCACUCGAGCAAAAUGUGCUUGUGAUAGUGAAAUUCAAGCAGAUUUAACUGUAUUGAAAAAUCACAGAAAGGGAGCUAAACAUUUAAAAAAUGUAAAGGUGAUUGUGAAAAAUCAACCAAAAAUUUCUACUAUGUUUUCUAAUAAAAACGAAUCUAGUGGUCAAGUGAGUAGGGCAGAAAUAAAAAUUGCUGCAUUAAUAUCAGAGCAUAAUCUACCCAUCAAGCUGUGUGAUCAUCUGAUUCCUUUAUUAAAAGACAUAUUUCCUGACUCGAAAAUUGCCCAAGGAAUGCAGAUGGGAAGAACCAAAGCAACAGGUGUUAUAAAACAUGUUUCAGCCAAAUCUCAUUUUGAAGAACUAAUCGAUGAACUAAAAGCAAAAAAGUUAAGCAUUUUAGUAGAUGAAUCUACAGACAUAGGUGUAGUAAAAAAUAUAUGUGUAUGUGUUAGGUACUUUAGUGAAAAAACAAAUGAGGUAACUGUAGUAUAUUGA